AACUCACAAUUGAUUUCUCUCUGCCUUCGUCACGCACACGUCACUCACAAACUCUUUUCUUUUUCUUUUUUUUUUUGUUUUGAAUUAUUCACCUGGUAUACGACCCUUCAGGCUGACUAAUCCGGAUUCAGGGAAACAAUUCUGGAUGGUUAGGUUUCAGCCCCCUCCCAAUUGGCCCUGCGGGAGAUUGAAUUGUAGUCCGCCCUACCAAGCUCAGCCCCAAUCACCACUGAGCUAGGAACUCUUUGAUUCGGGGAAACAGUUCUGGGUGGUUAGGUUUCAGCCCCCUCCCAAUUGGUCCUGCGGGAGAUCGAAUUGUAAUCCGCCCUACCAAGCUCAGCCUCAAUCACCACUGAGCUAGGAACCCUUUGGUGAAUUUUUAGGUGCUGUAUUCCAAUUUGGUAUGCAUAAAGAUGUCGGAAACAGUAGCAGUACUUGUAAUUGAGAGGCUUAUCUCACUACUCAGCCGCUCCGUAAUGUUUAUGAUGGAUCAUGGUGGUGCAGAAAUCACUGAUACCGUAGGUGAUCUAAAGUACAUUAAAAGCUACCUAAAAAGCGCCAACGACGAGGCACUGGAGGCAGGCAGAAAAGAUGAAUUAAAAGAGUGGGUGAAGCAAGUGAGAGAAGUUGCUUUUCGCAUGGAAGAUGUGAUCGAUGAAUUCUUGUUGAAAGUGAAAAAGCAUGGCCAAAAGCAACGACUUGUUCGCUUUGUUGCUAAAACUGGUAACGUUCUCAAAACUGUCAAAGUCCGUCUUAAGAUACAAUCGGAGAUUCGGGACAUCAAAAAAACACGAGAAAGACUCGAUAAAUUAAAAGAUUCUUUCGGAUUAGACACGUCAUCGUCAGGACGGAGAGCAGAGAUGUCUGCAACUGCCGGACAUGGCCUUCGAAAGAGUGCUCGGUUCAUGGAUGAAGCUGAACUUGUGGGUGUUGACGAGACUAGGGAAAUGCUCAUGGGUUGGCUAAGAGAACAAAAUGGACGCACAGCAGUAAUUUCAGUGGUCGGCGAAGGGGGAUUAGGAAAAACCGCGAUUGUGAAUAACUUGUAUAAGAAGCAAAAAGACGAAAGAUAUUUUGACUGUUACGCUUGGAUCACUGUCUCUCGUUCACUCGAAGCCAAAAGACUAUUAAGAACUAUGAUCCGUGACUUCGACAAAAAUGCUACCAUGAAAAUUGAAGACGACAUGGAACAACAUGAUUUGACUGAGAAACUUAAACAAUACUUGCAAACAAAGAAGUAUAUGAUUGUUUUUGAUGAUGUACGGGACAUCAACUUUUGGGGAAAUUUUCUUAAUGCAUUACCAGAGGCAGAUAAAGGCAAAGACAGCAGGAUAAUAAUUACCGCAAGAAAUAAAGACAUUGCAGAUAAUUGCAGAGUUCGCAGGGCUGACCGUUACACUCAUGAGCUAAAACCCUUAGAUCCAAAAGUUGCUUUAAAGCUCUUUUACAGUGAGGUCUUUGAUUCUAAAGGUUGUGACGAUCAAGAGCUGAAAAAAUUGUCUGAAGAUUUCGUGAGCAAGUGUAAUGGAGUGCCAUUAGCAAUUGUAGCUCUCGCGAGUCUCUUAUCAACUAAAAAGGAAGAUGUCUCAGAAUGGGAAAAGGUACGCCGGAGUCUAAACUCAAAAUUCAGAAAUAAUCCCCAUUUAAGAAGUUAUUUCCAAGUGUUAUCAGAGAGUUACGACGAUCUUGAUCACCACCUCAAGUCAUGCCUCUUGUACUUUGGUCUUUUUCCGGAAGGUUAUGCCAUUAGUUCCACUCGACUCAUCAAUUUGUGGACAGAAGAGGGUUGCCUAAAUCAUGAUGAUGGUGAUCGAGUAAGGACUGAGGAAGUAGCGGAAAGUUACUUGUGUGAACUAAUUAAUCGGAGCUUGGUUAAAGUAUCGGCAAGGGAUCCUGAUGGCAGAGUUCGAAGAUGUCACAUCCAUGAUUUAAUGCACGAAUUUCUUCUCAAGAAGUGUGAGGAUCUGGACUUUGGACAAGUCAUAAAAAGUGAGCAGUUUCAGUUUCAUCCAUGGACCAGGCGCCUGUCGAUCCUCACAAAUAGCAUUCAUGAUGAUAUUACAAGGGCUGCAAAACACAAGAGAGUGAGGUCUUGCUUUUGUUUUAACUUACAAGAGUUGCAAAAGCCUCUGGUGCAAUCAUUUCUAUCCAGCUUCAAGUUCUUGAAAACCCUGGACUUUGAAGAUGCUCCUCUCGAUCAUCUUCCCAAAGCCGUCGGGACUUUGCUGCAUCUAAAGUAUCUGAAUCUAAGGAACACGCGGAUCACAGCCAUUCCUAAGUUUAUUUGUAAGCUUCUUAAUCUAGAGAUUCUGAACCUAAAGCAUACUCUAGUAACAGAGCUGCCACCACAUAUUUACCAGCUUGUCAAGUUGCGUCAUCUCAUAGCAUAUUCAUCUUCUCAUGGAGUAAUACUAAAGAAAGGCAUCAAGAGUUUAAAGGCUCUGCAGAAGCUAGCAAAAGUUGAUGCAUCUAAUGAUGAGGAUGGUGUCAUCGAGGAAUUGAUUCACAUGAAGGAAAUGAGGAGGCUGGGCAUUAUUAACAUAAGGAGGCAACACGGGAGACCGCUAUGUACUGCAAUAGAGAAUAUGCAGCUUCUUUGCUCAUUAAGUAUUGCAGCACCAUAUGCCGGUGGGAUCAGUGAAGUUCUUAGUUUGCAUUCCAUAAACAACCCUCCUGAGGACUUGAAACGUCUUUACUUGGUUGGCCGCUUAGAGAAAUUACCAAAUUGGAUUGCCAGACUUGGCCGGCUAGUGAAGCUCCGACUGGCUUGGUCAGGAAUAGAAGAAGACCCAAUGCUUGCUCUCAAGGACUUAACAGAUUUGGUGGAUCUUCAGUUAUUGAAAUCAGCAUACGAUGGCGAGGAGUUACACUUCAAAAGUGGAUGGUUUAAGAAGCUUAAGGUUUUGGAAUUACGUGGCAUGCAGAGGCUUAGGAGGUUAAGAAUAGAGUCGGCAGCAAUGUCUUCGCUGGAACAUCUACAACUUGGGUCUUGCCAUCAGAUCGAAAAGGUGCCCAGUGAUAUUCCAAACCUAAGAUCUCUCAAAUUUCUUCAUCUUGAAGAUAUGUCUAGAGACUUUGUGACAAAUAUGCAACAAGAAGGUUAUUACAAAUUCAGCCACUUGUCAUCGGUGACUUAUUCCAUGGAUGAUGGCCACAAUCUUUGUAUUUAUCCUUGAUGUGUUGUGUCAACUGAUUUCUGGAGCGUCAGAAGAACAUGCAUGAACCCAAAUAAAUGUCGAUCGGCACUGAGUACAUUUCAUGGAUUGUUGUUCGCUGAAUUUCUAGAACCUACAAAUAAUGUUUUUGUUUUGGGCUAUCGCAGUGAACUCGUGUGUACGUAAUGUGUGCGCUUCAUUUUUAAGUUCGGUAUUUGCUGCACUUACAUAUCAUUGAAGUUUGUAAUUCACGUGUGACAAUAUAUGGGUGUAUGUAAUGAUAUUUUUAACUUGAUUUAUUA